AUGUGGCUAAUAUUGUUAUGUUAUAUCUUUCGAACCUAUGCCAAAGAAGAUUCAACAGACGCUCCUGUAACUUUACAUACAGAAGCAAAUAUAUUACAGAAGUUUUAUGUACCAAACUGGGAUGAUCUGGACACCCGUCCGCUUCCCCAGUGGUAUGAUGUCGCAAAAAUUGGCAUUUUCAUUCACUGGGGAGUUUAUUCUGUACCUAGUUAUAAAAAUGAAUGGUUCUGGUACAUGUGGCACCAAGGUGACAGCGAAAUAAAACAGUUUAUUGAAAAUGAACGCUACAACGGUACAUACAAAGGCUUUGCACCAUAUUUUACAGCAGAACUAUUCGACCCCGACACAUGGGCAGAACUUUUCGCCAAAGCUGGAGCCAAAUACGUUGUGCUUACUACAAAGCAUCACGAUGGCUUCGCGUUGUUUCCAUCGCGGAUUCCAGACUGGAACGCAGUGGAAAUAGGACCAAAGAAGGACCUUGUAGAAUUGCUUGCAAAAUCCGUUAGAAAAUAUGACAUGAAAUUUGGCGUUUACUAUUCACUGUACGAAUGGUUUAAUAGAUUGUGGUUGAGUGAUCAGAGAAGAAAUUUUACAACUCAUAAUUUCGUCGACGGUAUAGUGAUACCAGAUAUUAAGCAGUUAAUUCUUGAUUAUGAACCAUCGGUGCUAUGGUUAGACGGAGACUGGGAAGCAACUUACGAUUACUGGAAAGCGACAGAACUUCUGACUUGGAUCUACAAUGAUAGCCCUGUUAAGAAUGAAAUAGUAGUUAAUGACAGAUUUGGUGCGGGCAUGCGGUGUCAUCAUGGGGACUUUUACAAUUGCGAUGAUAGGUUUAAUCCUAGAAAAUUGAUGUUCCACAAGUGGGAGAACGCUUUCACUUUGGAUUCCACGUCUUGGAGCUUCAGAAGGAACAUGAUGCCUAAUGACGUUAUGAGCAUCGAUAAGUUGUUAGAAACCAUCGUGACUACCGUAAGCUGUGGAGGAAAUGCACUCCUCAACAUCGGACCAACAAAAGAAGGCACCAUUGUGCCCAUAUUCAAAGACCGGCUUCAGCUGUUGGGCGAAUGGCUCGAAAUUAAUGGCGAAGCUAUUUAUGAUACAUCGCCAUGGUAUCACCAGAGUGACACAAAUAAUGCAGAUGUUUGGUACACAUGUAAAAAGAAAUCAUACGAUUCGUGGAGACCCGCAGACACACCAAAUAAAACGGAUAUCAUUUUGGCCAUUUACGUAAUUUUUUUAAAAUGGCCCAGUAAUAACGUGUUGAUAGUCUCCGACUUAACUCGUUAUAUGAAGAACCGUAACUAUAGUAUAAAUGUAGUGGGUGGCGAAAGUUAUACUCCUGUAAAAUACGUUUUGUCAACGCAUUUCGUAGCAGUCCAUCUGCCCAGCAUGUCUAACAUGACAAGUAAGUUUGCCUGGACGCUGAGGAUUUCUGCGUAAGCAAGACUAUAACAAAACUGGAUGAGAA